CAGCGGCAGAGGGCCGCUUAGACUCCGUUCCCCCGGGCCCGUCCCUCAUCCCCCGCUGGGUGCUGCCUGCCCCACCUGCCUCGCCGCCGAGCCCGAAAAGGGGUUAAAAGCCUGGGGCGGGUGAUGUCAGUUCCUGCGCUCCUCGGGAGGGCUGGCUCUGAUAUUUGAGAUGGGCUCCCCCGCUCUAAGUUAAACGGAGCGGGGAUGGUAAAGUGCUGAAUGGGACAGAAGCCUCGCCGGACACCUGCCUGCUACCCAGCACCGCGCAGCCGCCCGAGGUCAGGGCCGGCACUGCCGGUCUCCCUGCUGCCGCUCCGGCUGCGGAACCCGCGGAUACUGCCGGCUGCGCCUGUCACUGCCCCGCUCCGCCGGGGCGAGACCCCCUCGCCGGCCAAGGAUUUUUAGAGCACCUCAGACGACAUCCCAAAUGUAUGAUUAACUUCACAAUGGCAGAACUCGCAGUGGAGAAUGGCAGCUGUGUGGACUGGCAAAAGCGAUGCCUUGUAUUGGAGUCCCAGCUCUUCAAAUUCCGCUUGCAGGCAAGCAAGAUCCGAGAGCUGCUAGCUGAGAAGAUGCAGGAAUUGGAACAGAGAGUGGUAGACGCAGAACAAAGAGCUGAGGAUGCAGAGAAACAGGUCAGAGUUAUGGAACAGAAUAUAAAACUAGCUAACUUGAAGACUGGAGAAUCAGACAGCUCUUUGCACAGGAAGUACCAGGAGCUGAUGGGCACAUUGCAAGGAAAGGAAGAUCAGAUCAACAGAUUGGAGACACAGCUAGCGAAACAGAAACUAUUGAGAACUGAGGAAGCCAAAAUUGUUCAAGAGAAAGCUGCCAAGAUCAAAGAAUGGGUAACAUUUAAGCUUGGAGAGCUUGAGCUAGAAAAUUACCACCUGAGAAACUGUAAUCAGAGACUGACGGAGCAAAUUGAAGCCCUUCAGGAUACAUUGCAAGAUAUGACCAGCAUUCCUCCCUUUGAGUCUCUUUGGAGCUGUAAUCCUCUGAAGCCCAGAGCAUCACAGACCUCUCUUGCUGAAAAGAUAGACCAGAAAACUGUGCUCCUUACACCUGGUUUCAGACAGAUAUGUCAGACAGGACACAGCAAACAUGUCCUCUCUACAGCAAAUAUAGUCCUUACCGAUGACACCUUUACUGGGGAUGGGGAGGAUAAAUCUCUGCUUUCCCAGAGCACACUGAAGCUCAUGUCAGACCAAUUAAGCUGGAAUCUCUCCACAGAGAAAGAUGUAUUCACAGCUGUAUGUUCUGAACACAGGUUAGGGUGCUCUGAUUCCACAUCGCUGGGCCCUCCAGAUGAGGCCACAAGAAUCCUUGAGGCUUUGACUUACCAGUCAUCUUUGGAAGGAAACUGUAGUGCUGUGAGCACCUUGCAACAAGUGGCUUUGGACAGCACACACUUCUCUGAUGAUCUGAGUGCCACUGCUGAGCCAUCUCUGGUUGUGUCAUCAUCAACUAUUACAGCACAUUCCCUCUGUCCAGCAAGGGAAUGCAACCUUGGCAGUAGUAUGACCUUUCCAAAAGUACGAACUCCCAAUACACCAAGAGAUAGUAUCCAACUAGCCAAGAGACAUUACAGCCAGCCACAGCCAGGGACUAAUUCUUUCCAUCACGUAAUGAGCUUAGAGGCCAGCACCUUCCAGCCCAUCGUAAACUCUCCAGCCUGCCAUGGACAAGUGAAGGAGACAGACAUUGAUGAUGAUGAUGGGGUACUGGAGAAAAUGGAGACAGAACGUGGCCCAGUGAGGGAAGAAGCUGGAGUGUGUGAGGAAAUGAACCACUUAUCUGCAGGGCAAAGAGUAGCUGUGAAUUCUGAGGCUGGCAUACUCAACCCAGGAGGCAAACCUCCCACACCACCACUGCACAGAUUCCCAUCAUGGGAGAGUCGAAUCUAUGCUGUGGCCAAGUCCGGCAUGAGGUUGUCUGAAGUGGCCACGGUGAAUGAUACUUCCACCUGCUUUUCCAGUUUCUCGUGUUCAGCUUCUGGGCCAUUUACCUGUCUCAUCUACAGAAAUGUCACAGUGCCAGUCUACACUACGCUGAAAGGGAAAGCUGUGCAGAUCAGCAACGUGCCUUUCUUAGAUGAGUCUUCAGGUUCUGAUGAUGACUGUGGUUCCCAUGCCAGCUUCAGGACUUCUACUGCUGGGUCUGAGAACAGGAAAGCUAGCAUGCCAGGCAGCCCUCGAGCAGUGAAGAGAGGUGUAUCUGCGUCCUCACUGAGCUCUGAAAGUGAUUAUGCCAUUCCUCCUGAUGCCUACUCCUUGGAUGGUGACUAUUUAGAGCCAGAACAUAAGCUACAGCGAACAUCUUCCUAUUCCACCGACGGUGGAAUCUGCACUGAACCCAUGGAGAAAUCUGGUUACUUGCUGAAAAUGGGCAGCCAGGUGAAGAUGUGGAAGAGAAGAUGGUUUGUUCUGAGAAACAGACAAAUCAUGUAUUACAAGUCUCCGAGUGAUGUUAUCCGCAAACCGCAAGGGCGGAUGGAGCUGAAUUCCUCGUGCCAAAUUGUCAGAGGCGAAGGGUCCCAAACGUUCCAGCUCAUGACAGAAAAGAGAACCUACUUCCUGACAGCUGACUCUCCCAAUAUCCUAGAGGAAUGGAUUCAUGUCCUACAGAGUAUCCUCAGAGUGCAAGUGACAAGUCCUGUUGGUGUUCCUCAUAGUGAUGCUAAACCCACUGUGAAAGGUUGGCUCACCAAGGUCAAGCAUGGUCACUCUAAGCUGGUCUGGUGUGCACUGAUUGGAAAAACUUUUUAUUACUACCGAAAUCAUGAAGACAAGUGUCCCCUAGGACAUCUGCUUAUGCGUGAGUCCAAAGUGGAAGAAGUGGACCGUUCCUGUGACUCUGAUGAAGAUUAUGAAGCCACUGGUGGAGGACUUGUCUCAUCUCACUGUACAUUGGUGAUUCACCCACAGGACCAGAGUCCCACAUACUUACUCAUUCGCACCAAACAGGAGAAGAAUACCUGGCUGUACCAUCUGACUGUAGCAGCUGGUAGCAGUAGUGCCACAGUGGGCACAUCAUAUGAACAACUCAUUGGAAAACUAUUGGACGCAGAGGGAGACCCUAAUUGUCCUCUGUGGAAACAUCCUAUGUUGUGCUACAGUAAAGAUGGGUUGCAGACAUCCCUCACCACUCUGCCUUCAGAGGCUCUACAGACUGAAGCUCUGAAACUUUUUAAGUCCUGUCAGCUGUUCAUCAAUGUCCCUGUGGAGGCACCCUCUAUUGAUUACCACGUGUCACUCGCCCAGACAGCGCUGCAGGUCUGUUUGACACAUACUGAGCUGCAGAAUGAAAUUUACUGUCAGCUUGUUAAACAGACCAGCUGCCGACAACCCCAGAACCACUCAGUCAUUCAGUGCUGGCAACUCCUGGCUUUGUGUGCUCCUCUAUUCCUGCCUCAACAUCACUUCCUCUGGUACAUCAAACAGCACUUGCAGCGACAUGCUGACCCCAGAAGUGAAAUAGGCAAGUAUGCCAUCUACUGCCAGAGAUCAGUAGACCGCACUGUGCAGACUGGUGAGCGAGAAGCCAAGCCCUCCCGGAUGGAGAUUGUGUCCAUCCUGCUGAGAAAUCCCUACCACCAUUCACUCCCCUUCAGCAUCCCAGUGCACUUCAUGAGCGGAACCUACCAGGUUGUAGGUUUUGAUGGUUCCUCAACAGUCGAUGAAUUCAUCCAGCGACUGAACCAGGAGACAGGAAUGAGGAAACCAUCCCACAUGGGAUUUUCUCUGUUCACAGAUGAUCCUUCUGGCAGAAAUUUGGAACAUUGUCUGCAGGGUAACAUGAAGAUCUGUGAUGUCAUUUCUAAAUGGGAACAAGCCUUAAAAGAACUGCAUCCUGGGAAAUAUGAAGGUGGCACAAGAAUUGUGAAGUUGACCUAUAAGAACAGGCUAUAUUUUCGAAGCCAGGCCAAAGGUGAGACAGACCGUGAGCGGUUGCUGCUGGCCUUCCAAGUCAGCAAUGAAAUAGCCAAUGGAAGGUUUCCUGUUAAUAAGGAAUUAGCUCUGGAAAUGGUGGCUCUGAUGGCUCAGGUGGAAUAUGGCGACUUGGAUCGACCAGGAUCUUCAAGUCCCGGGGGAACAUCACAAUGGAAAAUGCAGCACCUUCUCCACCAGGUCUUAGAUAAGUUCUACCCCAAAUGCUACAAGCAAAACAUUACUUCGGAACAGCUCAGGCAACUGGCUGACAAGUUGGCAACAAAGUGGAUGGUGCUGCAGGGAUGCUCUCCACCAGAAUGCAUUCGAAUUUAUUUGACAGUGGCCCGCAAAUGGCCUUUCUUUGGAACCAAAAUAUUUGCUGCUAAGCCUAUUUUGCCUUCCUCAUUAGAAGACUCUCCAGUCUGGAUAGCUGUGAACGAAGAUGGUAUCAGCAUACUGGAUUAUAACACUAUGCACUUGAAGGUUUCUUACUCAUAUUCCUCUGUGCUGACCUUUGGAGGCUGUCGAGACGACUUCAUGAUUGUAGUCAAUCAAACGAAAGAAAGGUGUUCUGGAAAAAGCAGCACUGAAAAACUGCUUUUCACAAUGGCAGUUCCAAAGAUUGUUGAAGCAACACUUCUUAUUGCCAGCUAUAUUAACUGCUGUUCGACACCUUCAUUCCUAUCUUCUACACAGCCCUCCCGAAGCAAAACGCCAGCCAACAAACUCUGGGAGACUGAAAAUAGGUGCUUUCUUCCUCCCGUGCCCCAAAACACCAAGGGGCCCACCCUGCGCUGAGGGCUCAUUCCAGAUUAGUUUGGGGCUUUUUUGUUUGUUUGGAUUUCUGGUUUUUUUUUUUUUUCCCACUGCUGUGUACCAAAUAGCAGACUGCUACGAUUUUGCUGGUUACACACAUUAAUUUAAUGUGGGCUCUGAUUCUUUUUGCAUAAUAAUAGACAAAGUUCCUCGGUGUGGGUAGAGAAUGUCUUCUUAAAAAAAACACUGAAUGAGGGGACUGUGCAGGAGUUUCCUUUCCAUGCCACACUCCAUCCAAAAUACCAUGCCUCGGGUAAUUUGCCUGCACAGUGCUCCAGUCAUUUCCUUGCACCCAUUCUUCUUCCAUCUCCUGAUCUUACUGCUUUGCUUACAAGCACGAUUGUGCACUUUGAUGACUGCCAUUUUCAGUUUUCAGAGGACAGAAACUUUCCAAUUCCUUGCUCCAGAUGUGAAAGGAAGAAAGAAAGAGAGAAAGAACGAAGACACUGUUGAGAAGAGGAACUAAACUGACAAGAAUAAUGAUGCAAGUCAAGGGUAAUUUCAGACCUGACAUAGAGAUAUAAAGUAAGAGUUCAGUGGUACUCAAGAAUUUAUUUUCAACUUUAAAUAAAGGUGGAAACCUACUGGUUUUGCAUAUUGAGGACUCAGACUGACUGGGACUAGAACACUGUCAGAUGAUACCCUAGCUCCUAUAGGACUGAUGCAUUUUGGGAGUCGAUGCUGUUCUACACAGUAGAUGAACAUCAGAUCUCUGCUGCAAUGUGCCAUGUGCUCCACCAUCAGACAAGGACUUUCAGAGACUUUUUCUGUAAUCACUGCUAUAGAUAUUUCAGGGUGUGUUUGAAGCUGCACAUCAUCUCAGACAAUGGAAGACAAGGCAAGCAAAUUUUGUACUUUUUCUGUCUUUCAGUAACUGGAACAGAUCAUUCCAAAUCAGCUCUGCCAUUCUGACUUAACAGAAGCUGCUCCUUUCAAACUCCUGCUUCCUUCACGCUACCAUAGCAAGGAGGAGGUAGUCAGCAAAUGUGUACUCAAGUAUUGUUCUUCUGCCUUUCCUGAAGACUUUUUUUUUUUUUUUCAAUUCUUCUUGAAACAAUCUAUAUCUGCCUGGCUUGAGUUCAGCUAUUUUGAUAAGCAUUCUAAAAUAACUGCACUUUCAAAAGUACCAUGUGCAACUUCAUGGUAAUUAUGCAUUCAUGGGCAACUUUCCCAAAUUAAACCAGUGUGAAUCCAACCCUUAGAAAGAAUUCAGCAAUAGCAAACUAAAGCUAUUCACAAAUGAACCAACCAACCAUACCAGCUUUUUCACUCCCUUGCACCUGCCUUGAAACAUCCAACUAAUGCACACAGUAGGGCUGAUACUUCAUGAAGUUUUUGUUUCAUGCCUAUGAUGGGUGCAAAGCUACAAAUUAAAAGAGAAGAACAUUGGACAGACAAAAGUAAUUCUAAACUAUCCCUUAUCAGCAUCUUUGUAACAUAAAAAAAAACAAA